UUGCCGUAGCCAAUGCGUUGAACAUUCAACUUUCAUCUAACAGCACCCUGAGUUAUGUCAGCGUUAUUGCGGUCAGGACAGGGCUCGUUUUCAUUUAACUACUUCAUUCUUUUGUAUCACUGAGUAAACGUAGCUAAUGAAUUCUUUGAGUCCAUUUAAAAUGGUAUCCCUCCGAAAUGUCUCCAGUUUUAUCUUAGCUUGCUAGUCGCUAACGAAGCCACGCAGAAGUUAGCAACAAAACGCUAAUCGCAUAUCAAGCGUGAGUGUAAAGUGACGUGAUUGCAUGAAACGACGAUAGCGGGUGUUAAAAUGCGUAAAGUUCUGAGAGCCUAACUGCGACUGCUGGCGAUAACCGAGGACGAGGCUGAACUUUCUCCAACAAGCGACGGACAACGUCAACUCCCGGACGGACGCUGUUUUCGAGAAGCCUCAAGUUGCGUUUCAUCAGCCACACAGACAAUGGCUGAUGGCGGCAGCAUCGGGAUCUGCAUCACAGAGCCCCCCUGCAUCAAAGAGGAAGAGGAGCAGCACUGCAUCAGCGAGGCGGGAGAGCAGCUUCAAGGGCUGCACUUCCCGGUGAUUCGUGUCAUCGUGAAGAGUGAAGAUGAUGAGGACAAAGGUCAGGGUGAGCACAAUAGUGGCACAGGACCUCCGAGUAGCAGCUCGAAUCGAAACGUAACAGCAGAAGACGAUGGCCGUCACUGCGGAGGAUCCCCAGAAGACGGCUGCCUCACCCAACUAUUAGAUAGCGACGAGGCAACAUCACACUAUCCUGACACUGACGAUGAACACGCUAAAGGGGAUGCGAACCAGCCCUUGAAAUGUUCUCAGUGUGACAAAACGUUUGGCCACAAAAAGAAUCUGAAAAGACACAUGAGAUAUCACACGGGGGAAAAACCAUUCGUCUGCUCAUUCUGCGGUCAAGCAUUCUACGAGAAGGCCCAUUUGACAACGCACACAAGAACACACACAGGCGAAAAGCCAUUUUCCUGCUCCAUCUGCCACAAAAUAUUCUGUGACCGCUCGGCGUGGGUCGUUCACCAGCGAACGCACACCGGCGAGAAACCUUUUACCUGCUCAAUUUGCGGUAAAAGUUUCCCGCGCAGGGAAAAUCUAAGAACGCACACCAGAACACACACUGGGGAAAAGCCUUUUACGUGCGCUGUCUGUAAAAGCAGUUUUACGGUUCGCUCCACGUUGGUUCAACACAUGAGAACGCACACUGGCGAGAAGCCUUUUGCAUGCGCAGAUUGCGGCACAAGAUUCUCUCAAAAGACGCACUUAAAAAAUCACAUGAGGACACACACCGGGGAAAAACCCUUUACAUGCCCGUUUUGCGACAAGCGUUUCUCUGUGAAAGGAAGUUUGAUAACACACGUAAGAACACACACCGGAGCGAUGUGAUGUGUUGAGUCAAAAUCCAGAACAUGUUUGAUUGACAUCUGAUCAGAUCCUUUCUGAGCAAUUUCACUGCAGUCACCCCAUUCCCAUCGGACACAAUCCUGAUUUUUUAAAAAUAUUUAUUUUAUAUAUUUUACACUGCAGGCGGCCCGGUAGUCCAGUGGUUAGCACGUGGGCUUCACAGUGCAGAGGUACCGGGUUCGAUUCCAGCUCCGGCCUCCCUGUGUGGAGUUUGCAUGUUCUCCCCGGGCCUGCGUGGGUUUUCUCCGGGUGCUCCGGUUUCCUCCCACAUUCCAAAAAUAUGCAUGGCAGGCUGAUUGAACACUCUAAAAUUGUCCCUAGGUGUGAGUGUGAGCGUGGAUGGUUGUUUGUCUCUGUGUGCCCUGCGAUUGGCUGGCAACCGAUUCAGGGUGUCCCCCGCCUACUGCCCGGAGACGGCUGGGAUGGGCUCCAGCACCCCCCGCGACCCUAGUGAGGAUCAAGCGGUACGGAAGAUGAAUGAAUGAAUGAAUUUUACACUGCGAUAUUGGAAUACAGAGAGGAACAUACAGUGUAUGUAUCAUGAGUUACUUUUUAAAAUGUUGUCUACAGUUGUCUACAGCAAUCAAUACCAGAUUAAUAGAUCACUAGACCAUCAUUGAUUGAUUUUCGGCACAGCAAUGACGCAGUAUGCGAAAUGUACUUUUGAAUUGUACCAGAGUCAGUGUCUGAACGCUCUUCCAUCUUUUGUCACGUAAUGGAUACACUUAAUGUUAUCACAUGUACUGCACACGAGGACAAGACAAUUGUGCACUGCCAUCUAAAAUGAAAUUCACAAGAACAUGUAAAUGAAUUCUCGUAGUUCAGGAUUACGUCAUUCGUUGUCUCAGCUGAUGUCUUGUAACGUAUGAAGGAGGUUUGUGGAUUCAAAUGGGUUGGACAGCAAUAAAAACCAAAUUGAUUGCUGGAA